CACGUUUUGACGCCACGCUUGUACCUGAGGUUCGUUCGUGAGUUGAGUAACUUAUUGUGAUAAAUUCUUAUAUAUUUUGAAUUAGCCAUGCAAUUUACUAAAGAAGUUCCAUAAGUAAAAUAUCGGCUGCAUUUUUCAGGAAAAAAAUCAAACGGAUUAGUUCGUCUCCUAAUAUCACUAUCGAAAAAAAGUUUCAUUAGGAAAUCUCAAAAGUCUAAUGACCGGUUUCGUCUUUUAAUACCACUUAAAUUGAGAGUCACUUUUGCUUAGUGUCCAGGUUCUCAAAGCUGAUUUGCGAGUAAGAUCUCCCACCACUGCUUCUAUAGUAUAAUUCCCCCUAGGUGUAACAAUGACGUUACUUCGUACAGACUGGUUGGUACUUUUCUUGAAAUAAGCCAAGACUGGACAGUACUUAACCUCUUGUUAUUGACCCUCUUCAUGCCUUGGUUUCUUGUGCAAUGUGUGUUAGGUUUUUUCUUAGAAACCUGUCGUCAGAGCAAAGGCUAAUAAAACAUAUGAUGCCAUCUUGUUUCACAUCUGUCGAUUGUAAUGAUGACUUAUUAAUCCGUUAGAGGAAGUGAUUGUAAGUCUGUGAUAGUUUAUGAACAUAGUACAAAUGUUUAUUCCCAGUUGGGUUAACAAUUUGGUUUUCACAGGUAUGAAACAAACAUAUGCAGAUACUAACCUACAGUGGGUGUUGUGUUAACUGAAAGGACAAAGUAUCUGGAAAAUAAUCUAAACACCACUAGGAAUUUUCUUUGGAGUUUCUUACUUUAGAAACAAACGACACUUCGAAUAAAGAUGACUCAACCCUUCCAGUUAGAAAAACCUGGAUACUGAUUAAAACAAGCUUAGUCCAUUAUAAUUACUGAAAGAUUUUGUCUCAACCACUAGAUAAUUUGAAAUUAUUUCGCAAGUAAUUUAUGUAUUUUUUGAUUUGUGGUGUUGCGAUGUUUUAGGAAUCAUAGAUUGCCGCAUCUAAACAUUGUAUUACAUAUUUAUUAUGGAAAGUGCCAAGCUGUUUCUGAUCACUGCAAAUCGGGCUAUUCAAUACUGUAUAAUGACGUUGCGAAGACAUAGUAUUCGCCACAUACUUUCUCGAGGACCACAACUAUACAGUCUGCACCUUCCUAGGUGGCUGAAAUCUCUCGUCUAAGACUUCAUGAAUUUAUGCUAUCUUUUGGUUUGACCGCCCAUAUCUUUUCUAACCUAAUUCUACGUCAGCUAACACUUGACAAGGAAGGCGAUACUUCGACCUGCGCAACACGUGUCACAACCAUUCAAAUGGAUGCAGUUUCACAACCUUAUCGAUUAGGUCUCUUUCCACACAUAACAAAUGUCUAUUACGUCGACUAAACAACCUAAAACUUUACAUGAUGUAUCGGUUCAACUUAUUACUCCUCGGGAAAGCACACAUCAGAUUAAAACGAUAGUGAAGUUAGGAUGGUCAAAGCUGUAUGCAGAAGAGAGAGUAGUGAUUUUCAGGAUCUGGAGGGUGAUAAAAUGUACAGACAUCCUUUUUGCCUCGAAUGACUCUAGGUUGUGUCACCAGUGGUCUGCGACCAUUGGUUCUCAGCAUAUCAAGAUGCCAAGAUAGGCACCAUGGCCUUCCACGUAACUUAGACUAACAGUCAGCCACUUUGUACGCUGACACUUAAUUUCUAAUCUAAUAGCUCUAAUAAAUUAUUAACAUCAGUUCCGUGUUAUUGCUUACAUGUUCUUCAUGAGCGAAGAAAAAUACUUUAUUAUCAAACCAUCCAGUUCACAUCGUUCAACAAUGCGGUAAUACAUUCAUUAUUUUGACGGGUUUGUUCUGUUUGACAUAUUUAUGCUGCCUGGCGUUUAAUAUUUUUUUUAUUCUCCGAAGUAGCUGACAAUUGGUUUGGUAUUUCAACAAAACGCUACUUUCUAAAACUACUUAUUACGUAAUCAAAUAUUAAAUCUGACGAUUUCUUUAAUUUCAGCCCUCAAGAUGGUUGUUUAUCAUGAUCGCAACUUAAUCAUCAACUACAUCCCAACUUCUAUAACAGAUGCCGAUUUGACUCACUUAUUUUCGUCUGUUGGUCCCAUCAAAACAUGUCGAAUAAUUCGGGAUAGGAAUAGUGGAUCGAGUUUUGGCUUUGGAUUUUGUGAGUAUGAAGAUUCUGAUUCUGCUCAUAAGGCAAUUUCACGCUUCAAUGGUUACCGCAUAGCCGAUAAAGUUCUGAAGGUUUCUUUGGCCAAGUUGCAAGGACGACUGUCUCAGAGCUCAAACUUGUAUGUUAAGAACUUUCCAGUUACUCUUACUGAAGACAAUUUAACAACUGAGUUUGGACGAUUUGGUCGUGUUGUUCAGUGCCGUAUACUACGGGACCAUGAAACUAAUGUUUCUAAGGGAAGUGCAUACGUACUUUUUGAGAAUCCUUCUGAUGCAGAGGCAGCCAAACGUUCGCUAGAUGGACGACCUUGGCCUGGUUUUCCCGAUAUCCAAGUACUAUCAAUAAAGUUUGCUACUCCACCUUAUCGACAGUCAGUAAAUCCAUCAAAAUCUAGAAACAAUUUUAAGAGGCCAUUUAUAAAUCAGAACUUCCGCACCGACUGCUUCAUUGAUCCUCUUUCUACCCAAUUACCAUCCCAGAACAAAACCUCAGCUCCAGAGGUCUACGCACCCUCAGGUCCACAAUUAUCUUUCAUCCCAAACAACAUAUGCUCAGCAUUAGCUAAUUCUGUCCAAGGAUCAUUACUACAGUCUUCCAAUAUUCAACCGCAACUGAAUCCACAGGGUUUAUUGUGGAGUAAUGAUUUCUCCAAUGCUGAAUAUCAAAAUCCCGCCUCUGCCUUAAGCGUAGCUCCCAACUACGUGACCCCAUACAUCUAUUCUCAACAACCCUACCCGAAUCUCUGGUUACCUCUUCAACAAAACUACCUCAGUCAAAUUCCUUUAACCGCUUUAUGCACCAAUCAGCUCGAAAGCUAUGGUAAUUCAGUUCAAGGUUGUCCUAUAUUCACUAACGUACAGAACACAUUUUAUCCUGCUCCCAAUCAACCUAAGUCCAAUAUUCCCGUUAAAAAUUCUGAUAUGGCUUGUAGGCAACCAAAUGAAUUAUCGUAUUUCGGUCGACCAAAACCUAUGAAGACUGAUAAGAACGAAUCUACAUCUGUUUACAUAUAUAAUAUUGGGAACAUGACAGAAGCGCAGACUUAUGUUUUAUUCUCUCAGUUUGGACCUGUUGUCAGUGUUUCUAUACCAAAAGAUUACAAGACAAACACUUCCCGAAAUUUUGGCUUUGUUACUUACAGUAACUUCCAGAGUGCACAAAAUGCCAUAGAUGUAAUGAAUGGAUUGCUUUUAUCUGGUCGACGACUUCAAGUUUCAUUUCGGCAAAGCAAAGGAAGACCAAUUAAGUUUGGCACUGCUGUUGGUAACUGCCGUACUGUGGGAAAAUCAGUUCCGAAACAGAAAGGCGAGAUUCCAGAUUCUGGUUGCCAUAGUCCACAACUAUCAAGUGACAAGUUAGAUUCUGCCAACACUUUGCCUUCAGACAAUCUACAGGUUUCGGAUACUAUUGAAGCAUUGGCAGAUUUAAGUAUAUCUAACGGGAAUAAUGUAUCUUCGCUGAAAUGCUAA